CCCCCUGUGGCAGUGGCGACUGGCGAGUCAUGGCUUCGGCGGGCAGCAGCCUCGGCGGGGGGGAGGCCGAGCGACCGCACCCCAGGCCCUUCCUGAUCGGGGUGAGCGGCGGCACCGCCAGCGGCAAGGAUGGUUCUUACCCACCACCUCCCAAGACUGCUGUGAAGUUGAAUGUUGGUGAAGCCCCGAUGGACGGUGCUGCAGAGGGUGGUGGUUUGUGACUGGCUGCUUGUUGUUCCUCAGUCCACAGUAUGUGAGAAAAUCAUGGAGCUCCUGGGACAAAAUGAGGUGGAUCAUCACCAACGAAAGCUCAUCAUUCUGAGCCAGGAUAGGUUCUACAAGGUCCUCACUGCGGACCAGAAAGCCAAGGCAUUGAAGGGACAGUACAACUUUGAUCACCCAGGUGCUUUUGAUAAUGAUUUGAUGCACACAACCCUGAAAAAUAUUGUGGAGGGAAAAACUGUAGAGGUGCCGACCUAUGAUUUUGUAACCCAUUCCAGGUUGGCAGAGACAACAGUGGUCUAUCCUGCAGACGUGGUUCUUUUUGAGGGGAUCCUGGUAUUCUAUAACCAAGACAUUCGGGACAUGUUCCAUCUCCGACUCUUCGUUGACACAGACUCUGAUGUCCGGCUGUCCCGCAGAGUUCUUCGAGAUAUGAAGCGCGGGAGGGACCUAGAGCAGAUCUUGACUCAGUACACAACCUUCGUCAAACCUGCCUUUGAGGAGUUCUGCUUGCCGACAAAGAAGUAUGCUGAUGUGAUUAUUCCUCGUGGAGUCGACAAUAUGGUUGCUAUAAACCUCAUUGUGCAGCAUAUCCAGGACAUUUUGAAUGGCGACAUCUGCAAGUGGCAGAGAGGGGCGAUGAAUGGGCAUGGUCGGACAUACAAGCGAUCGUUCCCUGAGCAAGCAGAGGGCAGCACCGUGCUGGCAGCUGGCAAACGAUCUCAUCUGGAGUCCAGCAGCCGUCCUCACUAACCAGGUGGGGGUCUGAAGAAGUUGCCUCUGUUCCAGACCAACCUUUUUAACACACUGGUUUGUGACAUGCCCAUAGCAACUUAGGGGCAGAUUCAAGAGGGUUGUGUGUGUGUCUUCUCACUGAAGGAGCUGGAUUAUUGACCCAGGACCUGGUGUUAGAUGGCAUUGUGUGCUGAAAUCCCCCUAGGAAUUAAACCCAGUGGGAUACAAGAUUAAUAAUCUCCCCUCAUGGUGCUUUUCCUUAGCAGCAAGGUUGGCUGCCAGGAAAACAGCUCUUUGCUCCAAGUGAGACGCAGCAAAGAGCCUUGUUUUUAAACAAGCAGGUACAGGUCCCCAGCUGCCCCCUGAGAUCUGGCACUGCCAUGGACAGUUCACCCUUCUGUGUGGGGAAAAGGACUGAUCUCUGCAGUUGUGCCAAUAAUGAGAAGUCUAUUUUACUCAGGGCUGAGGAAAAUUAGGCUUCUCUUGGGCAACUGGCAACUUACAGUCAGACAAAGGAGCGGUGGGGCUCCGCCUUCUAGUUGAGGUGUUUUGUCACUAGUUGCUGAGCCUAACUACACGCUAUAUAGCAUAGGCUUCAGUUUUUGUGCCCCAUGUCAGGAAGGCUGACCUUGGAGAACACUUCAGUACUAAUUGGGUGCAGAGUCUGCUGGGCCGAAUUCAUUUGCAGACAUGGUUUAUAGUUCUCAUUCCUUCCCCAAAGCAGCGUUAAAGCUCAGGCAUUCAGCUCAGAGGGCUGUGGCACAUCCUAAAAUGAGCAGAAGAAAAGCCACAAACUUAAUGUGAAAUCCCAGGCUCUAGCUUAGUGCUCCCUCUCUCAGUCCACUAGUGACACUUUAAAACAAACACCAAUUGGUACCUCCUGUCUCUCAGGUACAGUCUGUAAAUGCAGGCUUAAGCCUAGCAGGAAGAAGUGGUUAUUGUUGAAGAUGAUCUCUUAUAAAAGCAAAGCCUGGCUCAAGUGGUUGUGCUGCUUUGACUAAUAAACCAAUGAAGAAACAACAGCCACAUAGAUGUAACCAUUUUAUAUAAAAGUAUUUUCACACCCCCACUCCCAAAGGAACAUUCUCACUAGGAGCUUCAAAGAAGAGCCCCAAAGGGGUGUCUAAACAGCAAGGGGAGCAGGAAUGAACAAACAAAUCCCUGUGUAGUGCUUUCAAUCUCCUCUCAGCCCUCUGGCCUUGGGCACUAGUGAGCUCUACUGUGUUGAGGUUAAGUUAGUUAAAGCUUCAGUGAAGUGUCACUAGGGUCUCCUCUGAAUGCAUCUAGUCAAGUAUGAGUCUCAUCUCUCCAAAAGGUGGCAGCCUUGAACAACAGGUUGGUGAUUAGACCAUGAGGAAGCACUACAGUAAACACUCUAGGCAUCUGUUCUACACUAAAUAUCAAGGGUAGUUUGAGACAAUACUGUAGAUUUGCAAUGAGACUAACUCAGGCUAUAGAGCAGAACAGAAACUGAGUCUUCCCAUUACAUCAUCUGCCCCAUAGGGAUGCAUUUCUUACCAAUGUAAAUUACAAGGCUUUUUACCCUGAGCACCUAUUAAGAAAUGAGAGCAGAGUUACUUAUAAGCAUGAUCAGUUCUAUCUUGACUGGCUCCACUAAUGUUUGCGGAUCAAGAUGUCCCAGCUGUCCUUCCAGCGCAGGGCCCUGAGUUCAGCUGCUGAGAGGGUAGGCUCCCCAUAUGUCAGUGGGCUGAAGGUGCGAUAGACCAGGUAAAUGGAGGAGAACCAGGCUACCAUCAAGGCACUGAACGCGUUCUUAGGGAGUUGGGAUCUGAGAGAGAGAGAAAUGAAGUUAAAGCAAAGCUACCUCCAUAGUCUAAUAGCAAGAGUCUAGUGUAGCAAUUUGGAACUUUGCACUCUGCUACCUGUUAGACAUGGAGACCCCAGGAAACAGGUUGUGUCUUCUCGCCGCCAAAGAAACGAACUGCUAAACAGGGCUGCAAUUUACCUUGCCUGGCUCUGUACAAGCACUAACUGAGUAAUUCUCCCCAUGCCCCUCUGGGAGGCAGGGCAGCGUUACUACAGAUGGGACAUAAUGCAACGUGCCUGAAGUCAGUGCUGCAGCUGGGACUAUGAACCCCAUCAUUUCACUACCUUCAUCCCCACUAAUUAGAACUGCAGAACACCCUGUAGGGUGUCCUGGGUACCUGCAGAGAUGAUCGGUCAGAUGCUGCAGGACAACAGGAAUCAGGAGAAUUUGGAAAGUGAGAGCAGGCAGGUAGUGGUACAGGAAAAGUGUCUUCUCCAUCAUGAAAAAGGGGAGGUAAUUCACAGCCCAGCCUCCCACGCAGAGUCCUCCAGCUGAUACCCAGAGCCUCCAUGCAUCUACAAGACAGAAAGGGCAACACACUAAUCAGGACUCCUGAGAGGGUCUGCUACCAAACACCCUGGAAACUAGCAACUGCAAGAACAGGCAAUUUUUCAAAAGUUCUUAAUGUUGCACACGUGGGAAUGGCUAGAUAACAUUUCCCUAGCCACUUUGGCCAAAGGUUAUGCUGUGUAAAACUGGGAAUAGGAUCUUUAGUGGUCAUGCAGAGCAGACAGGACCUGUAUGUAUAAGGGCACCUCUAAAAUACCCAGGGCAGGUCAGCGCUGAUGGAUUCCAAAUCUGAUCCUUUGAGCAUUAAAGCAUCCAGGAAAUGCAUUGAUACUAUAUUCAGUGUAAUCUCCCAAAGAAAGGAUGGUGCCCUGCAAUAAAAAUUUCUAUCAGGAGAGCGCAUAGCUCGUCAAGCUAACCAGGGGAGAUCUGUAGUUCUUCGUCCAUAGACAAGAGUAUCUGAACCCCAAUUAGAAUUCUCACAGCUUCUGUGCAGCAAGGUGUCAAACUGCUCUGUACAAGGCUACUUCUGUGGCUAAGGGAUCAGACCUUCAGGGAUGUCACAAAUCUUCCUCCGUCGUCGAAGCAAAUACCACAGGAACAGACACACGUAUACAAGAGUUGCGACAUUAGCUGAAGCCCAGGUGAGAACGUUCCCAAUGAGGUGGAUCUGAGCCUGUAGGAUAAGAGGUGGAAAACAGCAGUGACUUUUUACUACAGAGAGAAGCCAAAAAUUAAGUAUUACAUAGCUGUAUACACCCCAAUCCAAAAACUCGGAAUUUAGCUGACAAGCUGUAGCCAUCCCCUGUCCAUCUGGCUAUUGACAGUGGGGUGGCUGUAUUAUUUCAUCAUUCAUUUUUAUAUAUGGCAUUUGAAAGAAGCUGUCAGUGGUGGACUGAUGUUCUACCCUGGAACAAGUGAAUAUUAAGUAAAUAACUCUCUUCUGCUAACACUUUAAGGGAAAAUUGCAAUUUAAGGAACAAAGCUGUUAAAAACUGUAUCGAGUGCCUGCAGAACUCUCCAGUUUACUUUUCUACUGUUGGGCAGCGGGUUAUACCAACUGUCCUAUCUGGCAUUGUAAGGAACAUUUCAAGAGAAUGUGGGAGGGGGAAAGGAAAGCUUCUAUUAAAUUAAAAUGUGAAGUGUUUGUUUUA